AUGGCUCAGGAUGCGACGAAUUCGGACGAUGCCGGGGGGAUCGAGGUAGCAAACGAUGCGUCUGUGCCGGUGGUGGUGGAGAAAACGGGAGAGGGGGUGAAGUUUGAAGAGCAUCAGCUUCCCAUCGACAUCGCGUACAACAAAUUCGCAGACUGGCUGGUGGAUAGGAAGCGGGUACCAGCCAAUUGGAGGCAACGAGUAGCAGCCAUUCAGCAGCGAAUCACGAAACUGGUUACCACAUUACCACGUCACCAUGAUCCCUGGCUGCAGUCGCUCUCCGUGGAUGACGUGGGGUACGUGGAGGCGAAACGAGUGAGGGACAUUCUUGCUGCUGCUCGCCCCAGCGAGAGAACAAUUUUCGGCGGCCUUGCUGGGCCUGCGGGCGAGUGGGAUGCAGUUGUGCGAACAUACGAGCGUGACUCUGUCUUUCUCGGGGAAGCAGCUCAAAUUCUUGUGCACAACACUAAUUAUGACAUCCCCUACUGGCAGAAGCACAGGGUGCGAGCGCAGCAGCAGCUGGAGGAGAGCAACCGGAAGGAGCUGGACUGCCGCAGACUGGCUGCUGCUGCUGCCAAGGGGUUUCAACAGGCAUGCUCGGACCUGGGGAUCAAGGGUCAAGACGUGCGGAAGGAGCUCAAGGGGUUGGUGUCGCAGCUCCCAUCAGUCUUCCAGUCAGUGGUGGGCGUUUUGUGCAACGAGUCUGUGGGGCAGGCAGUGGACUACUACCGAGCUGCUAUAGCCUUUGCCCAUGGGGGAGGGGAGGAUACAGGUUCGACUUCCCCCCUCCUCCUCCUCCCCACGCUCUUGGAGCUUCGGGCAAACCCUGAGCGGCAGGACCGGGCCGAACCUCCUGCGGAGGAUGAGUGGGGUGGUGAUGUCAGUGGGGGGGACGGUGGUGGUGGUGGGGGUGGUGGUGGUGAUGGUGGGGGUGGUGAUGCUGUAGGGGGGAUUGUGUGGGAUCUGGAUAUCUCUGCUGAGACAGGUGCCGCUGGUGGUGAGGAGGAGGGAGGAGGAGGAGGGAUUGACUGGGAUAUUGACACAGGAGCUGCAGGGACCAAUGAGGAGGCGCCAUCUGGAAGUGCUGGUGAUGGUGAUAGUGCUGGUGGUGGUGGGGGAGGAGGAGGGAGGAGUGGGAGGGAGGGGGAGAGUGAGCGGCACAAGGUGCAGCGGUGGCUGUUGGCGGAUUCAGCGUAUCGCAGCAAGCUACUAGACGAUUUGUUUGAGCUACACAUAUUCCUCGUCACGCGGAUAGCUGAGAUGAACCGGCAUCAGGGCUCUGUGUUGCAGGCACAAUUGAUGGCCACAGCGCCUCCCAUUAUCCAGAACCACGGCACUGCUUCACUUGCCUCCCUUGAUUCGCACAUCUGCACAGAAAUCGGUCGACUCACCAGCCGUCGCACUCGGGACCUGCUCCUCAUCCUCUCCUCCCCACGCUUCUUGGAUCGGCUGGAGCAAUCAUUGCUGCAGAAGAAGACAAACGAGGCGAGGCUGCUGGAUAGCAUUGGCGAGCUGGAGAGGCGGCGGAGAGAAAUCCGGGCGGCUCUGGCUGACGCUUGGCCUAAACUGGGGACUCAAGCAUACAAGCACUCAGGUUCUAUCCGCUCUCAAGUGAUCAUCCAUUCACACUCAAUCCCUCUCCUUCUCUCCCUCUACCUCCCAGCAGGUGGGUUCCCAGCCUACAAGGCAGCAGCAGAGGCAGCGCUCUCUGCAAUGUAUUCCAACCGCCCCGUUCACAUCAUUGGGGAGAUUAACAACGUGCUGCAGGCAACCGCCCCUGCUGGGGGUGGGUAG